CAGUAUAUAAAUUGCUUCUUAGCGAAAAACUUCUCAAACGCUAUUAGUUCUGCUUGCUAAAACAAGAUUGCAUUGACGUGAAAUAAAAAACGCGUAAUUUUUUUUCAGAGAGAAUUUUGUUCCAUUUUCAAACUACGUUAAAAUGAAUCGUGUUAUUUUCGUUUCUGUCGCGGUGUUUCUUUUAGUUGCACCAACAUUCACUUUGCCAGUCAAUGAAAAAUCGGUUGAAGGAUCACCCGAAGUGCCCGCCAAACAUCCAGAAGAAAAUGAAGUAAAUGGUGAUGUAAAUCGUGAUGUUGAAACAAUCGAAAACCAUGAAAUAAAAUCGGACGAAAAUACUGAUGACACUACUUCAUCGGUGACUGGCCAAAGCACAGGAAUUAUAACUCGGAUCGGAAUUCAUGGUGAUUUCAACUGCAGAAACAUCGUGUGCCCUUCUGGAACUCAAACAUGCAAAUAUGAAUCGAAAAUAUUAAGAGAUGGCAAAAAUGCGGAAGUCAAUUACAAAUGCACAUCUAGCAACGGAACUGUUCUUUUGGAUCAAACAAAGACAGAGCCAGCUGGGGAAACUACACGUUUUGAUGGAUUUGAUAUUUCUGGUUUUUUCAAAGAAAUGCAAGAAUUCAUGAAAAAUAUGUUCAGCAAUCCAUUUUUUGGCAGCGACGAAAUUGAACAACAGUAAAUGAAACAAUAUUUUUAUGAAAUCAUGAAAUCAGGGCUUUAAUUAUAGAAUGCUUGUAAAUAAUAAACAGUUAGUGCAAAUUAAAAAAGAAGAAAAACAAUAAAAAAGUCAAUUUAUAUAAAAAAAUUAUUAUCUAA